AUGUCGAAAGUUCAGAUGCUUGACGCCAGCGUCGAUACUGAAGAUAUCAGUGACAUACGCAUACUGGUCGAUCACAAGUAUGUUAGAUAUCUCACUGGCCGAUGGAACACCGCUCACAUAUCUUCGGAUCCGUCGACUGGCACGCCAUAUUUCGCCUCUGCCACUAAUAAAACGCUGCCUGCUGUGACUGAGCUUUGGCAUCCGCUGUUCAUCGAGUUCCUGGGCUUCCAAAUGGGCAAGAAGCUACGGUCCAACGUACACGAAGCUACCUGUUCGCAGCUCAACGGAAAGGUCGUUAUCAAGCUGGCAGAAUUUCACUGGGAAAUGCAAUGGCUCAACCAAGAAACUCAAGCUUACCAGUGGAUCAAAGAUCUCAAUGUCGGCCCCAAGUUCCUUGCGCACCUCACCGAAGAGGGAAGAGUGAUCGGCUUUGCGAUGGAGCAUAUCCAGGACGCUCGUCAUGCAGAGCCAAUUGACAUCACCCUCCGCCAGCAGGCGUUGCAGAGACUGCACGGAUCAGGGAUCAAGCAUGGGGAUGUCAAUAAGCACAACAUCCUCAUCAGAGAUGACCGUGCUACGCUGAUCGAUUUCGACAAUGCGGCGAGGAAUCAGGAGGCCAGUGUACUUGAUGCGGAGUUGAACUCGCUCGAAGCGGUGCUCGCAGAUCAGUCUGGAAGGGGAGGCAUAAUUGUGGGUACCGUGGACGACAGCGAUCUAUAG